AUGUUUCAUACCUACCUAUAUGGGCUUCUUGCUGGGUUCUGUGUUUUUGCCCACUGCCACCAUACUUAUGAACGCUGGGAAGACCAUGGCAGUGAUCCACCCUCUUUGCAGAUAGCCCCAGGAAAUACUGGGUUUGCCUUUAGAUCAUACCACCAGCGUGCUUCCGAACAUUCUUAUAAUAACAUUUUCUUUUCACCUUUGAGCAUUUCCACUGCAUUUGCCAUGGUGUCACUGAGAGCUAGAACCACCACGUUGAGUGAGCUUUUGUCAGGACUUGGCUUUAACCAGGCAGAUAUCAGCGAGCAGGAAAUACACGAAGGUUUCCGCCAUCUCUUCCAGAUGCUAAACAACCCCGAUGGUGAAAUCCACUUGAGCAUUGGGAAUGCCCUAUUCACAGAUGACCAAGUGCAACUCCUAGACAAGUUCUUGGAUGAUGCAAAAACUUUUUAUGAGACCGAAGUUUUGCCAACUAAUUUCAAAAAUCCUGAGGAAGCUGAAAGUCAAAUCAAUAGCUACAUUGAAAAAAAACUGGGGAAAUUAGUUAAUGUUUACAAGAAGCCUGGCCCAGAUGCUGUAAUGGUUCUUGUGAAUUAUAUCUUCUUGAAAGCCUUUUGGGAAAACCCUUUUGAUUCUCAGAAAACAAAAGAUAAUGACUUCUUUGUGGAUGAACAAACAGCAGUGACAGUCCCUAUGAUGAAAAAAGACAGCUUGCUUGAGUUUUACCAAGAUGAGGAUUUGUCCUGUAAGGUUGUGAAGCUUCCCUACAAGGGCAAUGCUUCAGCAUUAUUUAUUCUUCCUGACCAAGGGAAAAUGAAGCAGUUGGAAGAUGCUCUUAAUGAAGACGUUUUGUUAAAAUGGAUGAAUUCACUGAAAACACGGAGAAUACAGCUAUUUCUUCCAAAGCUUUCAAUCUCGGGCAGCUAUUCUAUCAAAGGGAAAUUACAAAAAAUGGGUAUUACUGACGUAUUCACAGAUCAAGCAGACCUCUCUGGAUUUACUGGGAAGCCUGAAUUGCAGGUUUCCGAGGCUUUUCAUGAAGCUGUUCUGAAUGUCCACGAGGCUGGCACUGAAGCUGCAGCUGCCACUGCGGUGGAAGCAGCUGGCCAGAGGUUUCGUCCUACAGUGAUGUUCAACAUGCCCUUCCUUGUUCUCAUCUUCCAUGACAUCACCAAUUCCAUCUUGUUCAUGCGAAGAGUUGCAAACCCUCAGAAGGGGUAA